GCCAGCAAGCUCGCAGACAGUACAGGGCACAGCCGGAAAAGACCGAAGGUUUUCCAGACUACGCUCCACCUCCGCCUACCCGGAGGGAAUAACCACUUCAGGUGCGGGUGAAACGAUGCUUGAGGUCCAACAAAACAUCACAGCGGUCCUGGGAGAGGACGCCUAUCUGAGCUGCCGAUACCUGGGCAGCGGUGAGGUCGAGAGCGCCCUGUGGAAACGCCAGCAUAACUCUAAAUUUAAAACACGACUGGCGGGGUAUCGAUUUGGCAAACCAUUUAGCCAUGUAGAAGGUUUUUCAGAGCCAGUCUCUGCCACCAACCUCACAGUUAAGAUGAACGUGUCCAGUGUGCAAGAUGAGGGAGAGUACGAAUGUGAGGUUGUAACAGAUGCCGCAGAUUAUACUGAGCUUGUAUUCCUCACUGUAGUAGCUCGGCCUGAUGUCCACGUCCUGGUGAGCUCAGAGAUCAUAAACGGCUCUCACUACCAGUCGGUGUCGUGCUCCGCUGUCUGCGGCAGGCCUCCGCCACAGAUCAGCUGGCUGGUCAACGACCUUCCUCCCCCAGAUCCCCCUUUUACUGUGAACGUGACUGAAACCGCUCACCCGAACGGCACCUCCACCCUGAGCAGCAACCUCCGCUUCCCCACCCACCUCCAGGACGAGGACAGCGUGACCUGUGUGGUCCAACACCCAACCUUCCCAAACCCCAAACACACCACAGUGAGGGUGGAAACCUACACGAGGCCAAAUGUGACCAUUAAAGCAGAGAUGAUACAAGACGGAGGAAGUGAGUUCUGGGUGGUCUCUUGCGUUUCAUCUGGGGGGAGACCCGAGACUGACAUCUCCUUGGCUUUGGACGCCGAUGAAGAGCUGCAGAGACUGAACAGCACAGACUCCGACACGCAAACAAGCUCAGUCCUCCUCCCCGUCGCAGCGUACGAGGGCCACAAUGUCACCUGUGUGUUUCACCACCCCAAAUUUACACGCAAAGUCUCCCGAGUCAUCACACUGCCGUCUUUUUAUAUCUCAGGAGUUCAGCUGCUGAAUUCAGAGCUGGGAAGCGACAGCGAUGACGUCCAAGAGCCCGAAUCUGUAGAGCUGCUGGAAGGACAGAGCGACACCUCCAUCAGCCUGCAGGUCACCGGGAAUGUGCCACGUGUCAAUGUCACGUGCAAAAGAGAUGAUGGGCCCUUGCCUGAGGGUGUGGAGCUGGUAGACAGCAGCCUCAGGGUUCAGGGUGCUGUGGGGAAUCAUCACGCCGGGCUGUACGAGUGUUUCUUCUCCUAUCACCAUCUUCAAGCGGCGCUGAAGUUUAACAUCACCGUUAAACCUCGUGUUGUACAGCCUGUUCCUCCGACCAUAGAAGUUGAUUUGCAGACCGAGGAUGGACGCAGGGUGAUUGAGUGCUCAGCCGCCGAUGCUGUUCCUGCAGCCAACAUCUCCUGGCUUCUACCGGAGGGUGUGUCUGGAGUCUCUUGGUUCAAUUUCACUUCUUAUAAUGGAAGCCACUCUGUCAGGGGAGUUUUACUCCUCCCUGCCUGCUCGCCUUGGGAGCUCACUGCAGAGUGUGUGAUAAAUCAUCCUGCGUUUGAGGAGCCGCAGAACAGAAGUAUAACACUCCCUCCUUGCGCUCGCCCAAACAUCACCAUCAGCUCCCACACUGAGUGGAGAGACGGUCAUGAGUUCACAAAUGUGGACUGCUCUGUGGACAGCGUCGCCCCUGCAGCAACCAUAACCUGGCAUGUUGGAGACGGUGACAGCAGCAUCACCGGGCUGUCAGAGACUGAAGUUCAGGCUGGUGGUUUGGCAUCAGCCCAUAGCUCCGUGCACUUCCAGUCUUCUUUGUAUUCUGGUCAGAAUUUGACCUGCACGGUGGAGCAUCCGAGCCUGGAGGCGCCGGAAAAAAGAACAGCGCGCAUUCUUGCUCACAGAGCCCAUCUGCUGAGCGUGUCUUUGCAGAGACAGCGUGAUUCUUCCCUCUGGCUGGCAGUGUGCGACUGCAGAGGGGAGGGUGUCGGGACCAACCUCACCUGGGUUCUUCCCGAAAACGCACAAAGCCAAACAUCCCUGCAGUCAGAGUAUGAAGGCCAAAUCCAGAAAGCCAGGCUGACUUAUCAGUUUAGUCUGGCCCAUCACGAGGGGCAGAACCUGACCUGUGUGUAUCAUUACGAGCACGGCAGCACAGAGGAAACGGUUCACGUCCCCAAAUACUACAUCUCUUCUGUGAAAGUCCUCAACCACACCACUCCUCUGCAAAGCCGCUACGGUGGUGAGGCCGCCACACGCAGACUGUCUCUCCAGGAAAAUCAUCACCAACAGAGAGUGCUGCUCCGAGUCAAGGGCAACGUGCCAGAGUACAACCUUAACUGUCGAAGGAGCGAUGGCUCGUCCGUUCAAAUGGACAGAGACGCAAUGGUCUUCCGGUCGGAUCUCACAGAGCAGGAUGAAGGCCUGUACACCUGCCGGGCGUCCUUCUAUCACCACACGGCCUGGGUCAACAUUCAUGUGGAGGUCAUGAGCGAGGACAGAGUGUUUGCACUGGUGACUAUCAUCUGCAUCUCUUCGGCCUCAGCUAUCACCAUCAUCGCCGCCGUCGCUCUCUGGGUGUACUGCAAAGCAAGUGGCAGAAAACAAUAUAAGGAGCAGGAGGCUCUCUCAGCUUUGACAACUCUGAUGCAAGAUCCCGGCUCUCCGGAGGUGAAGAAGCCACCGGCGACAGGAGAAGGCAGUAAGGAGUACGCUCACCUGGUCAGCUACUCCAUCGUCAUCGACGUCAAGAGUACAGUGUGAAGACGGAGAUAAAAGGUGCUUGCAGGGCAUUGGAGGUCACAUUCAGCUUUAAAAUUGCGCAUAAAAUGUGAAAGCUUACUCAAACUGCAGCGCUGUAUUUUUUUUUUACAUGAGGUCAGCAUUAGAUGUGAGAAGUAAGUUCAUGUACUGUAGUAUCGGUUCUUUGUACUAUGUUUGCUCUGGAUUUGCAUUAAUGUUUUUAAAUACUUUUGCACUUUUUCAUCUUACUUGAAUUUUGUACUGUGAACAAUGUAUUUUCUGGUAUUUCUCAAUAAAAUCAAUUGAUUUCAUUCUU